CGGGGCCGGGCGGGGCUCGCUGGAGGUCCGGGUCCGCUCCAGUCUCCGCCGCCGCGGUCCCAGUGAGCGUGUCCCGCCAUGGAGCAGCCGCGGAAGGCGGUGGUGGUGACCGGGUUUGGCCCUUUUGGGGAGCACACUGUGAACGCCAGCUGGAUCGCUGUCCAGGAACUGGAGAAGCUGGGCCUUGGGGACAGCGUGGACCUGCAUGUGUAUGAAAUCCCUGUGGAAUACCAGACUGUGCAAAGGCUCAUCCCUGCGCUGUGGGAGAAACACAGCCCCCAGCUUGUGGUGCAUGUUGGAGUGUCGGGCAUGGCCACCACAGUGACGCUGGAGAAAUGUGGACACAACAAGGGCUACAAGGGACUGGAUAAUUGCCGCUUCUGCCCCGGCUCACAGUGCUGUGUGGAGGAUGGCCCCGAGAGCAUCGACUCCAUCAUCGACAUGGAUGCUGUGUGCAAGAGGGUGACCAUGCUGGGGCUGGAUGUGUCUGUCACCAUCUCCCAGGAUGCUGGCAGAUACCUCUGCGACUUCACUUAUUACACCUCGCUCUACCAGGGCCGCGGCCGGUCAGCUUUCGUCCACGUGCCCCCACUGGGCAAGCCUUACAAUGCCGACCAGCUAGGCCGAGCGCUACGGGCCAUCAUCGAGGAGAUGCUGGGUGUCCUGGAGCAGGUAGAGGGGGACAUCAGCUGUUGCCACCAGCACUGACUGCCGUCCACACCCGGGUGCUGAGAGAGGAGACAGAGCUGGGCCUGACUCACAUCUGCUCCUCUUCUUGGUGGACCACAGGCGGGUGGACGCAGAGAGCUCUGUCUGGAUUUCGUCCUGUGGAGACACAGCUGCUGUGCCCGGAGGCUGAGGCCGGGCGGGCGACAUAGCCACAGGCGGGUGGCCAUGCCACUGCCUGACCCCAGCACACUUGGCUUUUUCAGGCCGUGGAUGGAGUCAGAGCCUUCUCUCUGGCCAGGGUCUCGCAAAGUGUCAUAAAGGAGUUGCUCUAAUCCGAGUCCCUGUACCCUGGACAGUCCCUGGCAAAGCCACCUGGAACAUGGCUGCCUUUUCUGCACCUCCUCCCCCUCCCCAGUGCUAGAUUAGGGAACGGAGUAACUUAUAUUCCCAGUGCUAAAACUUCAGGCUUAGCCCUCAGGUGUCUUCUCUCUCCCCUGGAGGGGAGCCUCUUUUGCCCCCUGCCCUGAAAUGCCAUCACACUUUGGGUCCCUGUAGUGGGUCCCCUUUGCUCAGAAGAGCAGGCUGCUGUUGCCACCAAGGGCCUGGCCCUUCCCUGGGCAGCCCUGGUCCUGCCGUGACCUUUCCUUUCUUGUUUUCUUUAUGGGUUUUUAGAACAUGC